ACGCAUUUAAUUAUUUUAAUGAACGUUAAAUAUCAAUUCUACGGUGCUUUUAAUUCUUGCAAUCGGCAAUUUUAAAUCCAGUUUAUCAGAAGUAAAUUUUCUCCGAUAAUUAUUGCUGUAAAACGAAGAAAAACAAAUUGGCGAUACUUAUCGGGAAAUAAAACGUCCACCAAGACCUGUUCUACAUACAUGGCAAUCGGUUUGCAUGAUACGUCUGUUUGUCAUAAUUUUAAUGCCGCGUAGAGUAAUAAAAAAAAGUACGGUUGGAUGCGGUGCAAUAAAAACGACAUUGUUCAUUAACCGUAAAGAUAAGCUAGUAUCGAAACUAUCGGUUCGAUUGAGUUUCGCGUUGGACGUGGCCGACGUUGGGCACCGCGGCUGCUGCAUUUUCAAAAUUGUUUAAUAGGCGCAAUUUCCUUUGGACCCUAAACUGAGUUUUCCGCAUCAGCUUCAGGAUAAUGAGAAGCUUCUUGUUAAGCACGACCAUAAAAAGGAACAUACAAAUGCCAAAAUGGACAAUUAUCCUACUAUGGGCCGUCUGCGUAUCUGCAAGAACUCAAAGAAAUAUAAUGGACCACCCGAACUGGCACCUCGUAAAUGACGACAUCUGUGGAUUGUCGAUGUCUCAGCGAAUAAUCGGUGGCAUGAACGCACGAUUAGGUCAAUACCCAUGGGUCGUAAGACUCGGGUAUGCAUUUGUUAAUAAAAAUGGAGAGUACCUCGAGAAGAACGUAACAUUCGGGUGUGGAGGGACCUUGAUCAACAAGGAUUACGUUGUUACGGCGAGCCAUUGCUUAGUGGAUUCCCCGAAAGAUUUCUAUUUGGUUCGCAUUCGACUGGGCGAGCUGAACGUUAUGUCGAACCCGGAUUGCGAGAACGGGUAUUGUGCGCCGAAAUACGUGGACAUCGAGCCGUCGGAGAUCAUUCUUCACGAGACAUACAACAAGCCUACGUUUAGACACGACGUGGCCGUGAUAAGGUUGAGCCAAAGCGUGAGCUUCAACGAGUACAUCAGGCCGAUAUGUUUACCGGAAACCGGUAAUCUGGACGUUUCUCUGGUUGGCCAGCAAGCCGAGGUGGCCGGAUGGGGCGUCGUCGAUAUCGAAAGUGGACGCAGCAGCUCCGUCCUGCAAGCGGUGAAAUUGCCGAUCGUGCCAACGGUGCUUUGUCAAAGGAUCUUCGACCACAUACCGAUCGACGACGUCCUCCAGCUGUGCGUGGGUGGUCAAAUCGGGAAGGACUCUUGUCGCGGAGAUAGUGGAGGUCCUUUGAUGAGAGUCGACUCCUUUGGAGGGCCCUACAAGUACUACCUGUUCGGCAUCGUCUCCUUCGGGACUGCCAGGUGUGGGGCCAGCACCUCACCCGCGGUUUACACCAAUGUCGCUCGAUAUCUUCCCUGGAUCCUGGACCACGUCUCACCUUGAUGGCGAAGUCGCUGACGAGAUCGCAUCGAAUCAAGACUUUUCUGCAUUUCUGCAAGAGUGAUUCACGAUUUCUCUUAAUUUUCUUAAUAAAAUGCCGAAUUCUCGUAAGAA